CACCUCUUGUGCAGGCUUGGCAAAUUAGUUAUUCCAUCCUUAAACUUUUUCAACUCUUCUCAUCACAUCUCCCAGUUGGUUGACAUUCGCAAGUUCUCAAUGUCCUCUAACAUCCAGUAUGCCAUCUUCCACAUACCAUGGUCCAAAACUGUGCACAUGGACGGAGAGGAUAUCAUUGCCACCAAGAUCAAUGAUAUUACCAAUCCUCACAACACUCUCAUUCACCAUUUGUCAGCCAACAUUUCUGUUCCCAGCCACACUCCUCUUUUUGCUUUUGAAACCAAACAGGGCUGGUCCCCUAUGACGAAAUUGUGGUUCCUCACUCACUGCAACAACAUCUGGAAGUCUUCAGAUCUCCCUGUACUUUCCGGCCACUGCUUUCGCAUCAGAGCCACUACCAAACUCCUUCUUUGUGGUGUUCCACCUGAC